AUGAGUACUUGGGCGCAAUUACAUGAUACUCAUGAUUUGGAAAUUUUAAAUAACACCUUACGUACCUUUGCUAGUCCUGAACCCGAUCCCGAUUCUCAUACCGCCGCAAAAACGAAGAAUCUUAGAAAGUUGAGAGACGACUAUCCCAACCUUCGUAUCAACACAAAAUUUCCUUCCCCUUCAUUAAUGCAGUUAGGUAACGCGUGUCAUUCGAAUCAUUUGGCGCGGGCACACAGCAAAGUUCCAAAAGCGUCCGAUUCGCAUAAAUAUGAUUCGGAGCUUACGAGACCAGGGGUGCACGUUGUCAAAUUCAACGUUGAUCCAACGCAUCAUCGUUGCCCUGAGGUUGAAAAAGAUGAUGUAAUUUCCGAUCUUGAUCAUGAGGGGAUACGAAUUAAGAAGUCAAAACAAUUGCGAC